CGCAUGCGCGUUGCCCCCCGCACAGGGCCGAACACAUGGCGGGGCUGGGUCUGGCCGAUGUGCGGGCGGCGGAGCGGAGGCUGCGGGACCGCCUGCACCGCACCCCGGUGCUCACCUGUCGCGGCAUGGACCGCCUGGCCGGCCGGAGGCUGCUCUUUAAGUGCGAGCUGUUCCAAAGGACAGGCUCCUUCAAGAUCCGCGGCGCCCUGAACGCGGUCAGGAGCCUGGUUGAGGACACUGAGAGCGCUGGACGGGACCUGCCCCGAGCUGUCGUGACACACAGCAGCGGGAAUCACGGCCAGGCGCUCGCCUGCGCUGCCCAGGCAGAAGGGAUUCCUGCCUACGUUGUGGUGCCCCACACAGCCCCAUGCUGUAAGCAAGAUGCCAUCCGCUCCUACGGUGCCACCCUGGUGCCCUGCGAGCCCAGUGACGCAUCCAGAGCAGAGACAGCAGCUUGUGUCAUCCAGAGGACAGGAGGAGUCCUGGUGCACCCCAACCAGGACCCAGUGGUGAUUGCGGGACAGGGCACUAUCGCCCUGGAGGUGCUGGAGCAGGUGAGGGAAACGCACAACCCAGGGCUCUGCACAGCAAAAAGGGGGGACAGGAGGUGCCAGGAGCACUCAUGCUUCCCUUCUGCACAGGCACCCGAGGUAAACGCGGUGGUGGUUCCCGUGGGAGGCGGAGGAAUGAUUGCAGGAAUGGCAGUUGCCAUCAAGGCUCUGAGACCAGAUGUGAAAGUGUUUGCUGCCGAGCCGCGCAACGCGGACGACUGUUACCAGUCCAAGGUAAGGGGGGAGCUGACCCCCAACCUUCACCUGCCCGAUACCAUCGCAGAUGCCGUUAAAACCAGCAUCGGACCAAACACGUGGCCCAUCAUCCGGGAUUUGGUCGAUGACGUCCUGACAGUCUCAGAGGAAGAAAUCAAGAGCGCUGCAGGGAGACGUGCACAGGCCGUGCCCUCCGCAGCCCCAGAACAGCCUGCGCUGGCUGCUGGGGUGACAGCUGCUGCUCUGUCCCGACAGCGAGCCACGCGGCUGGUGUGGGAAAGGAUGAAGCUGCUGAUCGAGCCAACCGCGGGUGUGGGAGUGGCGGCUGUGCUCUCAGAGCAGUUCCAGGCAGUCCCCAGGGACGUGGAGAAUGUUUGCAUCGUGCUGUGCGGGGGAAACGUGGACCUGAGCUCCCUGACCUGGCUCACAGACCUCCCUGGGAAAGCGGAAUGAGAACAGAGCGAUGUCUAAAGCAACGGAAACCUCGCUCUGGGUUUGCACAGUCUGGUCUGUGCGCUACUAUAAAAACAGAUGAACAAC